AUGGAGGUGUCCUCGCCGGCGGUGCCCGCGCCUGCCAACGGCAUCGCGGCGCCGGCACCCUUCCCGACGGUCGAGCCGGAACGCGUCGUCGAGCACCUCGCCUCCGUCUGCCACAUCACCCUCGGCGCGACGCGCGACGACCUGGAGCAGCCGGGGAGCUUGCUGCACGAGAGUCGCCUCGCCGAGACCGUUUCGCGGUGCACGAGGUUUGCGAAUGAUACCCAGUGCGUCAUGUACGUCCAAAAGGACGUCUUCCCGUCCUCGUCGGCGACCGAGAGCGGUGCCGACUCCGCCGGUGAGUUCCAGCUGCCUGCCCGACCCCUCCGGCCGUGCUGCCUGCUGAUGACCGUGUGCGCCCUCGCAGUCCCCUUGUUUCACUACACCCUCUCCGCCGACAUAUCUUCCUCCCCCACCACCGUUUCCUCGCUCGUCUUGCUCAAGACGCCGCAGCCCAUCGACCCGGCUCGUCCUCUCACGUCGCAGAUCUUCAUCACAAACCUGCCCGGCCCGGCCUCGAUGAGCGCCGCCGCGGGCGAGCAAGGCACCUCCGUCUCCCCCUGGGAGGUUCUCCAUUCCCACGUCCACCACGCCCUCGUGCCCUACUUCGACGCCAACACCAAGACGCAGCCGCUGGCCAACGGCUCCAGGGGAGGCCGAUCCGACGUCGACGCGAAGACGGGGAUUCCGGUGACGAAGAAGAGGCUCAACGACCUCGAGCUGAGCCUCCUGCACCUGCAGCAGAACGUCGACAUACCCGAGAUCUCUCUCGUCUUCCACUCCAUCGUCCAGAACGUGCUCGACGAGGCCGACGCGCACGACGCCGAGCCUUCGCUCGAUCGGAUCCCCCCCAACCUGCUGCAGGACAGCACGUUCCUCAACAAGCUGCAGGCAAACGUCAACACGUGGACCAAGUCCAUCCAGGCCAUCACCAAGAUGACCAAGGAUCCCGACUCCAACCUCUCCAACGAGUUCAGCACCGCGAGCCAAGAGGUCAACUUUUGGCUCUCCAUGGAGUCGGCCUUGGAGGCCAUCGAGGGCCAGCUGAGGAGCGACGGCGUCCUCCUCACCCUCGACAUCCUCAAGCACGCCAAGCGAUUCCAGGCCACCGUCAGCUUCACCACCGACACGGGCCUCAAGGAAGCCAUGGACAAGGUGCAAAAGUACAACCAGCUGAUGCGGGACUUUCCCCUCGACGAGCUGCUCUCGGCCACGUCCCUGCCCAAGGUGCAGGAGGCCAUCUCGCAGAUCUUCGCCCACCUCAACAAGAAGCUGCGACUCUGCCCCUACCCCAUCCGCCGCGCUCUUCCCCUCGUCGAGGCCAUCUCCGCCGACCUCGACGACGUCCUUCGCCGCCUGCUGCCCGGCGCCGAGCUCGCCAACCUCGACCACCACCACUUCCAGGCCCUCAUGCGCGUCUGCGACGCCAUCUUCAGGACCUGGGAGGACAGCGUCAAGGAGUUCACCAACGUCGCGCGCGAGGUCACCCGCCGCAGGAGCGAAAAGUUCAUCCCCAUCAAGAUCAACAAGAAGCAUUCGGAGCUCGAGAUCCGCAUCCGCUACGUCGGCACCUUCCGCGAGAACCACGAGCAGCUUCAGCGGACCAUCGUGAACGUGCUGGGGCCCCAGACCAUCAUCCCGGGCGUCGCCGAGACCGCCGCCGGCCACGGCGCCGUCAUGGAGGAGAUGGGUGACGUCGACGCCGUCGAGGAAGUCAAGCAGGCCUGGGAGGCCCUCCAGAACGUCGACAUGCUCGACGUGACCGACCAGGGCAAGGAGCGGUGGGUUCGCGCCGAGAACCUCUACAACGAGCGCACCACGCGUGUCGAAAACUCCAUCAUCGCCCGGCUGCGAGACCGCCUCGCGACGGCCAAGACGGCCAACGAGAUGUUCCGCGUCUUCUCCAAGUUCAACGCCCUCUUCGUCCGGCCCAAGAUCCGAGGCGCCAUCCAGGAGUACCAGAAUCAGCUGAUGGACCACGUCAAGCAGGCCAUCAACGGCCUGCACGAGCGCUUCAAGCAGCAGUACGGCCACUCCGAGGCCCACGCCAUGGCCCAGCUCCGCGACCUCCCUCCCGUCUCGGGCGCCAUCAUCUGGGCCCGCCAGAUCCAGUUCCAGCUCGACGGCUACAUGCGCAAGGUCGAGGCCGUCCUCGGCCCCGAGUGGCACAUGCACGCCGAGGGCCACAAGCUGCAGGAGGAGAGCGAGCUCUUCAAGCAGAAGCUCGACACCGGUCGCAUAUACGAGGCCUGGCUGACGGACGUCACGCGUCGCAAGAUAUCCAUCUCCGGCCACCUCUUCGACAUCGCCCGCGUGAGGUCCGCCGGCGGCAUCCUCGAGCUCGCCGUCAACUUCGACUCCCAGAUCAUCACCCUCUUCAAGGAGACGCGGAAUCUCAUGUGGCAAUCCUACGCCGUCCCUCACGCCGUCACGACCGUCUCCAAGGAUGCGAAGCGCGUCUACCCCUACGCCGUGAGCCUCAUGGAGAGCGUCCGGACUCUGUCCCAGACGCUGCGCCAAAUCUCCGACAUGGGUGACGAGUCCAUCCUGCUGAACGGCUACCGCAACGACGUCUACAGGCUGACCGCCGAGGGCGUGCCGCUGCGCUGGGAAUCCUUCGUCAACUCGCACGAGCUGUUCUACGCCGACCAGCGGCAGUCGCGCCCCCUCCUCGCCGCCGCCGGCAAGGAGGUUAGCCUCGCCAAGAACACCGAGAGCAAGCACGGAAUGUUCGUCCGGAGCUUUGCCGCCGCCGUCUCCGUCCUUCAGGGCAAGGCUUCGUCGCUGAGCCACAUCCACGCGACCGUCGAGCGGGCGCUCAAGGAGCUCAAGAGCUGCCCGUACGAGACGUCGGCCUUCCAGUCGCGCCUCAACACCGUCCAGUCCGCCAUCGACCAGCUGAACCUGGAGCAGUACGCCAACCUGGAGUUUUGGGUCGCCGGCCUGAACCAGGAGGUCCAGUCCAUCCUCCUCGGCCGACUUCAGAGCGCCGUCGAGGCGUGGAUCGCCACCUUCGAGGACGAUGCCUCGACCGACGGCCGCCCCCGGAAGAAGGUGGCCGAGGACGACGGCCAGCAAGAUGCGCCCACGAUGAAGCCUCUCGUGCUCGAGCUGGCGAUGCGGAACCAAGUCAUCUACCUCGACCCGCCGCUCGAGUUCGCCAGGGCGAGCUGGUGCCUCCAUCUUCACGCCUGGAUCGGCAUCGUCUGCAACUUGCGCAAGAUCAAGGCCGCGAGGUAUCAGAUGACCCUCAACACCUCCGCCGCCGACGAGGCCCGCUUCGCCGACCUGCCCACGGAAUGCGCCGCCAUGCUCGGCGGAGCGUACGCGUCCAUGGAGACGAAGCUCGGCGAGGUGGGCGCCUACGUCGACAAGUGGCUGCAGUUCCAGUCUCUCUGGGACCUCCAGUCGGAGCAGGUGUAUGACCUGCUCGGCGACCACCUUCCACGAUGGCUCGAGUGCCUGCAGGACAUUCGCAAAGUUCGCACCACCUUUGACACCCAGGAGGUGAGCCGCUCGUUCGGCCACCUCACCGUCGAUUACGAUCAAGUCCAGACCAAGGUCAACGCAAAGUACGACCAGUGGCAGCACGAGAUCCUGAUCAAGUUUGCCGGCCGCAUGGGAAACCGCAUGCGCGACGUCAACGCCGACAUCGAAAAGGCCCGCAAGCAUCUGGAGACGCAGGGAUCCGACACUUCGUCGACGGCGCAGGCCGUCCAGUUCAUCACCGCCGUCCAGGGCUGCAAGCGAAACGUCAAGCUGUGGGCCCCCGAGAUCGACAUGUUCCGCCAGGGACAGUCGACCCUCGUCCGGCAGCGCUACCACUUCCCCAACGACUGGCUCCACAUCGAGCAGAUCGACAGUCAGUGGGAGGCCCUCAAGGAGAUUCUCGAGAAGAAGUCGAGGAUCGUCGAGGACCAGUCGGAUGCCAUGCGCGCCAACAUCGUCGCCCAGGACAAGCUCGUGAGCCAGCGCAUCGCCGAGAUCAUCCACCAGUGGAACGAGGAGAAGCCCGUGUCGGGAACCAUUCAACCGGACGUCGCCUCGGCCACGUUGACCUCGUUCGAGACGAGGAUCAGCGGCCUUCAGAACGACUUUCGGCAGGUGGCGAGGGCCAAGGAAGCCUUGGACAUCCCUCCGAGCCAAGGCAGCACCCUGGAUUCCACGCUGGAGGAGGUUCGCGACUUUCAAUCCGUCUGGUCGAAUCUCUCGACCAUAUGGGCCAGCCUGAACGAGACGCGCGACAUCCUGUGGACGGCCGUCCAGCCGCGCAAGGUCCGGUCGAGGGUUGACGACCUCAUCAAGAGCACGAAGGAGAUGCCCAGCCGGAUGAGGCAGUACGCCGCCUUCGAGCAUGUCCAAGGCAUCCUGCGCACCUUUCUCAAGGUCAACCCCAUCCUCUCGGACCUCAAGUCGGAUGCCAUCCGCGAGCGGCACUGGCACAAGAUUUACAAGCAGAUCAAGCCCCAGAAGCGAUUCUCGCCCAGCUCCAUGACCCUCGGCGACGUCUGGGACCUGAACCUGGUCGCCACCGAGGUCAUCGUCAAGGACAUCAUCGCCCAGGCGCAGGGCGAGAUGGCUCUCGAGGAGUUCCUGAAGCAGGUGCGGGAGACGUGGCAAAACUACGCCCUCGACAUGGUCAACUAUCAGAACAAGUGCCGGCUCAUUCGCGGCUGGGACGAUUUAUUUGCCAAGUGCAGCGAGAACUUGAACUCACUUCACGCCAUGAAGCAUUCUCCGUACUACAAGGAGUUCGAGGAGGAGGCGCUGUCCUGGGAGGAUAAGCUGAACCGCGUUCACGUCCUGUUCGAUGUCUGGAUAGACGUCCAGCGCCAAUGGGUCUACCUCGAGGGCGUCUUCACCGGCAACGCCGACAUCAAGCAUCUCCUGCCCAUCGAGUCGGGCCGCUUCCAGAACAUCAACAGCGAGUUUCUCGCCGUCAUGAAGAAGGCCAACAAGACGCCCUACGUCCUCGACGUCCUCAACAUCCCCAACGCCCAGAAAUCCUUGGAGCGCCUGGCCGAAAUGCUGAACAAGAUCCAGAAAGCUCUGGGUGAAUACCUGGAGAAGGAGAGGGUGUCGUUCCCUCGCUUCUACUUUGUUGGAGACGAAGAUUUGCUCGAGAUGAUCGGCAACAGCAACGAUACUCUACGCAUCGCCAAGCACUUCAAAAAGAUGUUCGCCGGCCUUUCCGGCCUCGUCAUGGAUGAUAAAUCCGUCAUCUCGGGCUUUACCUCCAAAGAAGGCGAGACCGUCACGCUCAAGAAGGAAAUCUCCCUGACCAAGACGCCGAGGAUCAACGACUGGCUCGCCCUCCUGGAGGGAGGUAUGAAGGCGACGCUGGCAGAGCUGCUGGCCGAGGCCGUGGAGCAGUACACCCCCCUGUUCGAGUCGCAGGCGAUUGAUGCUGCCGCUUUGAACGAGUUCAUGGGUGCGUUCCCCAGCCAGAUUGUCGUCCUGGCCGCUCAGGUGGUGUGGACGACGGCCGUUGAGAAAUCCUUGGCUGCCGGCGGUCAGACGUUGCGCGCUCUUUUCGAGCUCGAGGUGCGGAUCCUGCGUGUUCUCGCCGACACCGUGCUGGGCGACCUGGAGGCCAUUGUGCGGAAGAAGUGCGAGCAGAUGAUCACGGAAUGCGUGCACCAGCGAGAUGUCAUCGAGAAGCUCAUCGACGCCGGAGCGGAUUCUCCAGGCCAUUAUCUCUGGCAGCUGCAGAUGCGUUACGUCUACAGCCCGGAGGGAAACGCCCUCGAUCGUCUCCACGUUCGCAUGGCAAACGCCAAGCUCAACUACGGCUUCGAGUACCUCGGUGUCCCGGACCGGCUCGUGAGAACGCCGUUGACGGAUCGAUGCUUCCUGACCCUCACGCAGGCCUUGUGCCAGCGCCUCGGCGGUUCGCCCUACGGACCGGCCGGAACCGGCAAGACGGAGUCGGUCAAGGCCUUGGGCUUGCAGCUGGGCCGGUUCACUCUCGUCUUCUGCUGCGACGACACCUUUGACUUCCAGGCCAUGGGCCGAAUCUUCCUCGGCAUAUGCCAGGUCGGCGCGUGGGGCUGCUUUGACGAGUUCAACCGUCUCGAGGAAAGGAUCUUGUCGGCCGUGUCGCAGCAGAUUCAAAACAUCCAGCUUGGUCUGAAGCAAAGCGUCGAGGACAGCAACCCUCAGAUCGAGCUGGUCGGCCGCCAGCUGAGCGUCAACGAGAAUACCGGCAUCUUCAUCACCAUGAAUCCCGGCUACGCCGGCCGAUCCAACUUGCCGGACAACCUGAAGAAGCUCUUCCGAAGCGUUGCCAUGUCGAAGCCCGACAAGGAGCUCAUCGCCGAGGUCAUGCUCUACUCCCAAGGUUUCACGCAGGCGAAGGAGCUCUCCAAGCAGACCGUGCCAUUCUUCGACCACUGCUCCAGCCUGCUCUCCAAGCAGGCGCACUAUGACUUUGGCCUUCGAGCCUUGAAGAGCGUGCUGGUGAGCUCCGGUGGUUUGAAGCGUGCUCGGCUGCACGACGGCAACCCCGGUGGCGAGAAUGUCGUCGAGCCCGAAAUCAUCGUGCAGAGCAUUCGAGAAACGAUUGCUCCCAAGCUGAUCAAGUCGGAUGCGGAAAUGAUGACUUCCAUUGAGGAGAAAUGCUUCCCGGGCGUCCGGUACGUGCCGGCCAACCUCGAAAAGCUGGAGCAGGCGAUUCGCGAUCUCGCUGCCGAGCGACACCUGGUCGUGACGGAAGGUUGGAUGACCAAGGUCCUGCAGCUGUAUCAGAUCCAAAAGAUCCACCACGGCGUCAUGAUGGUGGGCAAUUCGGGGAGCGGCAAGUCCGCUGCCUGGAGGCUGCUUCUGGAUGCGCUCCAGAAAACCGAGGGGGUCGAGGGAGUGUCCCACGUCAUCGAUUCCAAGGUCAUGUCCAAGGAGGCUCUCUACGGGAAUCUGGAUCCGACCACGCGCGAGUGGACCGACGGCCUCUUCACCAGCAUUCUCCGGAAGACCGUCGACAACCUUCGCGGCGAAGAUUCGAAGAGGCACUGGAUCGUCUUCGACGGCGACGUUGACCCCGAAUGGGUCGAGAACUUGAACUCGGUGCUCGAUGACAACAAGCUGCUCACGCUGCCGAACGGCGAGCGCCUCAACCUGCCGGCGAACGUCCGCAUCAUGUUCGAGGUUGAAACGUUGAAAUACGCAACGCUCGCGACGGUCAGUCGAUGCGGCAUGGUCUGGUUCAGCGAGGACACGGUCACGCCGAGCAUGCUCGUCACCAACUACCUCGACACCCUCCGCAGCGUUCCCUUCGAGGACCUCGACGAGGAUAGCGUCGCCACGGGGCAGACGCCAGCUAAGAACCUUGCCGUUCAGGAGCCGGUCGCGGAACUUCUCAGGGCAUACCUGUCGGACGAUUUUAUCCUUCGUGCCCUCGACCGGGCGCAGUCGUACAACCACAUCAUGGAGUUUACCGUGGCCCGGGUCUUUACGACGCUAUUCUCACUGGUGAACAAGGCCGUCCGCGACGUCAUCGAGUACAACAGCCAGCACUCGGAUUUCCCGCUCGAUCACGAGCAGAUCGAAGCGUUCGUGCCCAAGAAGCUCCUCCUUGCCCUCGUCUGGUCGUUCACGGGCGAUUGCCCAUUGGCAGACCGAAAGGCGUUUGGCGAUGACGUUUGCGCGCUCGCCAGCUUUGGAUCGCCUCCCUUGGAUGGCUCGAGCUCCUUGAUCGACUUUGACGUGGUCCUACCCAAGUCUGAGUGGACGCCGUGGCAGAACCAGGUGCCCAGCAUCGAGGUCAACACGCACUCCAUCACCCAGACGGAUGUCGUCAUCCCGACUCUCGACACCGUUCGCCACGAGGAUGUUCUCUACUCGUGGCUGGCCGAGCACAAGCCCCUGCUUCUCUGCGGACCGCCCGGGUCGGGCAAGACCAUGACGCUUUUCAGCGCUCUCCGCAAGCUCUCGAACAUGGAAGUGGUCGGCCUCAACUUCUCGAGCGCGACGACGCCCGAUCUUCUCAUCAAGACGUUUGAGCAGUACUGCGAGUACAAGAAGACGCUGAACGGGGUCAUGCUCUCCCCCACGCAGAUUGGCCGCUGGCUCGUCGUCUUCUGCGACGAGAUCAACCUUCCGGCGCCCGACAACUACGGAACGCAGCGGGCAAUUUCGUUCCUCCGCCAGCUCGUGGAGCACAACGGCUUCUGGCGCACGUCGGACAAGUCGUGGGUGACGUUGGAUCGGAUCCAGUUCGUCGGCGCCUGCAACCCGCCGACGGAUGCUGGCCGCACUCCGCUGGGUGCUCGGUUCCUCCGCCACGCGCCUCUCAUCCUCGUUGACUAUCCCGGAGAGCAGUCCCUCAACCAGAUCUACGGCACCUUCAACUCGGCCGUGCUCAAGAUGACGCCUGCGUUGCGCGGUUACGCCGAGCCGUUGACCCAUGCCAUGGUUCGCUUCUACCUCGAGUCUCAGCAGAGGUUUACGCCCAAGAUCCAGCCGCACUACGUUUACAGUCCCCGUGAGCUCACGCGCUGGGUCCGUGGCGUGUACGAGGCGAUCAAGCCGCUCGAGAGCCUUUCGAUCGAGGGCCUCAUCCGCAUCUGGUCGCACGAAGCUCUCCGCCUCUUCCAGGACCGUCUCGUCGCCGAGGAGGAGCGGGCGUGGACCGACCAGGCCGUCCGUCGCAUCGCCCUCGAGUUCUUCCCUACCAUCGAUGAGGAGAAGGCUCUCGGGGGUCCAAUUCUCUUCUCGAACUGGCUGUCCAAGAAUUACAUUCCUGUCGACCGUGAGCAGCUGAGAGAGUUCGUCAAGGCGCGCCUCAAAACCUUUUGCGAAGAGGAGGUGGACGUGCCGUUGGUUCUCUUCAACGACGUCCUGGAACACGUGCUGCGCAUCGAUCGAGUCUUCCGACAGCCGCAAGGUCACGUCAUCCUCAUCGGCGUCAGCGGCAGCGGGAAGACGACGCUGUCGAGGUUCGUCGCCUGGAUGAACGGCCUCAAAGUCUUCCAGAUCAAGGUGCACGGCAAGUAUUCGGGCGAGGACUUUGACGAGGACCUGCGCGACGUCCUUCGUCGCUGCGGCUGCAAGGGCGAAAAGAUUUGCUUCAUCAUGGACGAGGCCAACGUUUUGGACUCGGGCUUCCUCGAACGCAUGAACACCUUGCUCGCCAACGCCGAGGUGCCUGGCCUCUUCGAGGGCGACGACUACGCCGCCCUCAUGACGGCCUGCAAAGAAGGCGCGCAGCGCCAGAACCUGCACCUCGACUCCCCAGAGGAGCUGUACAAGUGGUUCACCCAGCAGAUCGUGAACAAUCUCCACGUCGUCUUCACCAUGAACCCGCCCGAGGGCAACCUGUCCUCCAAGGCGGCGACGAGCCCGGCGCUGUUCAACCGAUGCGUGCUCAACUGGUUCGGCGACUGGUCGGACCAGGCUCUGUUCCAGGUCGGCCACGAGCUAACCCACUCGGUGGACCUCGACAAGAGCAACUGGCAGGCUCCCGACACGAUCCCGAUCGCCUACCGCGGCCUCGGCCUGCCGCCGUCGCAUCGGGAAGCCAUCAUCAACUCCAUGGUCCACAUUCAUUACUCGAUCGGGCGGUACAACGAGAAGCUGUACAGGCAGCAGAAGAAGGUUACCUUCCUGACGCCCCGCCACUUUCUCGACUUUGUCGGGCAGUACGUCAAGCUGUACAAUGAGAAACGCGAAGACCUCGAGGAGCAGCAGCGCCACCUCAACGUCGGUCUCGAGAAGCUGCGUGACACCGUCGACAAGGUUCGCGACCUGCGUGCUAGCCUCGCCGAGAAGCAGACGCAGCUGGAGCAAAAGGACGCCGAGGCCAACGAGAAGCUGCAGCGCAUGGUGGCCGACCAGCGAGAGGCCGAGCAGCGGAAGAACACGUCGCUGGAGAUUCAAGCGGCGCUCGAGAGGCAGGAGGCCGAGGUGGCGAUGCGCAAGAAUGUCGUCCUCGAGGAUCUCGCCAAGGCGGAACCGGCCGUGGAGGAGGCCAAGGCGAGCGUCAGCAACAUCAAGAGACAGCACCUUACCGAGGUGCGGUCCAUGGGCAACCCGCCGCAGGGCGUGCGGCUUGCCCUCGACGCCGUCUGCACCCUGCUGGGCCACAAGAUCAACGACUGGAAGGCGGUGCAGGCCGUCGUCCGCAGGGAUGACUUCAUCGCCAGCAUCAUCAUGUUCGACAACGGCAAGCAGAUGACGAGGGCGCUGCGGAACAAGAUGCGCAACGAAUUCCUCUCCAACCCCGAGUUCACGUUCGAAAAGGUCAACAGAGCCUCCAAGGCUUGCGGUCCGCUGGUGCAGUGGGUGACGGCGCAGGUCGACUACUCGGACAUCCUGGACCGCGUGGGUCCCCUGAAGGAGGAGGUGAUGCAGCUCGAGGAGCAGGCGCUGCAGACCAAAGCCGAGGCCAAGGCCGUCGAGAACAACAUUGCGGAGCUCGAGAGCAGCAUCAACACGUACAAGACCGAGUACGCGGCCCUCAUCAGCGAGACACAGGCGAUCAAGACGGAGAUGUCCAAGGUUCAGUUCAAGGUCGACCGCAGCGUCAGGCUGCUCGACAGCCUGUCGUCCGAGAGGAGCCGCUGGGAGGAGGGAAGCAAGUCUUUCGAGACUCAGAUCAGCACGUUGGUGGGCGACGUCCUCGUUGCGGCCGCCUUUCUCGCGUACAGCGGCCUCUACGAUCAAACAUUCCGAAGGUCCAUGAUGGACGACUGGUGCCACCAGCUUCAUCUCUCCGGCAUCCGGUACAAGUCUCCCAACCCGGUGACCGAGUACCUGUCGAGCGCGGACGAACGCCUCACGUGGCAGGAAAACACGCUGCCCGUCGACGACCUGUGCACGGAGAAUGCCAUCAUCCUCAAGCGGUUCAACCGCUACCCUCUCAUCAUCGACCCAUCCGGGAGGGUGACGGAGUUCCUGCAGAAGGAAUGCAACGAUCGACGGCUCACCGUCACGAGCUUUCUGGACGAGACCUUUACGAAGCAGCUCGAGAGCUCGCUGCGGUUCGGGAAUCCGAUCCUCAUCCAGGACGCCGAACACCUCGAUCCCAUCCUCAACCACGUCCUGAACAAGGAGUACCAGCGGACGGGCGGCCGCGUGCUCAUCCAGCUCGGCAAGCAGGAGAUUGACUUUUCACCCUCGUUCAAGCUUUUCCUCUUGACGCGGGAUCCUUCGGCGCAGUUCGCGCCCGACAUCUGCAGCCGCACGACGUUUGUCAACUUCACGGUCACCAAGAGCAGCCUCCGGACGCAGUCCCUGAACGACGUGCUCAAGUCGGAGCGGCCCGACGUGGACGAGCGGCGAACCAACCUCAUCAAGCUUCAGGGAGAAUUCAAGGUUCACCUGCGCCAGCUCGAGAAGCAGCUGCUCCAGGCGCUCAACGAGUCUCGGGGCAACAUUCUCGACGACGACAAGGUCAUCGAGACGCUCGAGACGCUCAAGACGGAGGCGGCCGACAUAUCGGCCAAGAUGAGCAACACGGAAGGCGUCAUGGCCGAGGUGGAGGAGAUUACGCAGCAGUACGGCGUGAUUGCGAACUCGUGCAGCGCCGUGUUCGCCGUGCUGGACCAGCUUCACUUCCUCAACCACUUCUACCAGUUCUCGUUGCAGUAUUUCCUGGACAUCUUCCAGAUGGUGCUGCACGGCAACAAGAAUCUGGCCGACGAGACGGACCACAACGCGCGGCGGGACAUCAUCGUCAAGGACUUGUUUGUGAACACGUUCAAGCGGACGGCGCUCGGUCUCCUCCAGAAGGACCGCAUCACGCUCGGGAUGCUCCUGGCGCAGGCGUCACCCUACAAGAUGGACAAGUCGCUCAUCGACGUGAUCCUCGACAACCGCGUGCAGGGGCGAGACCUGUCGUCGGACGCCGGGCUCAAGGAGGAGGCCUUUGCCCAGGCCAGGGCGCUCAGCGUGAUGGAAGGAAAGCUGGACGGCGUGGCGAGCGGCGACUGGGACAAGUUCCUCGGGCAGGAGAUUGCCGAGGCUGCCGUCCCGCAGAUAUGGGACGACGAGACGGCGGCGGUCGACCGGGCGCUCAUGUCGCUGUUGCUCGUCAAGCUCUUCCGCAUGGACCGGUUCGUGCCGGCGGCGGAGCGGUUCGUGAGCCAAGUCUUUGGCGGCGACGUGUUCGACUACGACGAGGAUCUGCAGGCGACGGUGACGCAAGCGCCGGCGACGCUGCCCGUCGCGCUCGUGUCGAGCCCGGGAUUCGACGCGAGCUACAAGGUGGACGGCUUGGUGGAGCGGAUGAAGGUCAAGUGCACCAACAUCGCCAUGGGAUCGAACGAGGGCUUGGCGAGCGCGGACAAGGCCAUCGGCAACGCGGCGCAGACGGGCUCCUGGGUGCUUGUGAAGAACGUCCACCUCGCGCCGACCUGGCUCCAGAGUCUCGAGAAGCGGAUGGAGGCUCUCAACCCACCCAAGGGCUUUCGGCUGUUCCUGUCGAUGGAGUCGAGCCCGAAGAUCCCGGUCAACCUCAUCCGGGCGUCUCGGGUGCUCAUGUACGAGCAGCCGGCGGGCGUGCGAGCGAACAUGAAGGAUUCGAUGUCGUCGCUCUCGACGCGGGCGACGAAGAGCCCCGUGGAAAGGACGAGGCUGUACCUGCUCCUCUCGUUCAUGCACGCCGUCGCGCAGGAGCGGCUGCGUUACGCGCCCAACCUCGGGUGGAAGGGAUUCUGGGAGUUCAACGACAGCGACUACGAAUGCUCGGCCUUUAUCGUCGACACCUGGCUCGAGGGGGUCGCGGGCAACCGAAGCAACAUUGCGCCGCAGAACAUUCCCUGGGACAUGAUCCGGUACCUCGUGACGGAGACGUACGGAGGCAAGAUUGACGAUGAGGGCGACUUCAGGCUGCUCGAGAAGCUGGUGGCGUCGCUGCUCACGCCGGCGGCGUACGAGGUGGACCACAAGCUCGUCGACGGCCCCGACGGCGGGCUCGUGGUUCCGUCGGGCACGAGCCUGCAAGACUUUAUGGGCUGGAUCCACGCGAUGCCCGAACGCGAGCCACCGACGUACCUCGGCCUGCCGGCGAACGCGGAGAAGCUGCUGCUGGUAGGGCUCGGACAGAGGCUGGUGGAGGACCUGCGGAGGGUGACGGAGCUUCUGGAUCAGGGGGAGCAACUGGUGACGGACUCGUGA